CGCCCUCCCCCUCAGCCGCGGCCGGCCCGGGGGGCUGCGGGCCCGGGGAGGAGGGGGGGCGACCCGGGGCUGGCCCCGGCCGCGGGGGGAGGCGGCGGCGGGAGGGGCGCCCCGAGGCCGGGCCCGCCCAGGCCCCGCUCGAGGCCUAGCGCUGCCUCGCGCUGCCUCGCGCUGCCUCAGGGCCCCGCGGCGCCUCGCCGCCAUCUCCUCAGGUGGGCGCGGGGCGGGGGGGGCGCCCGCCUCGCCGCCUCCCGUCAGGGCUGGCCCGCGGCGAGGGCCCUCGGGGCUGCUGGAAAGGAGCCCAGCCCUCCUGCCGGUAUCCAGCCAGGGCUGGCAGCGGCGGAGCUGGUCUCCAGCCAGAAUCGCCCACCUGCAGCCGGCGGCGGCUUUGGCUUUACCUGUAGCUUUGGAAUUUGCCGCCUUUGGUGGCAUUCGUUGCGUCUUAGACCUGCCAGGCGCUGCAGGUUGGCAGUAUGGCGAGGACUCAGUGCUACCAUCUAUAGGUGUAGGGAUAAUUACGUUAUUGAUGUUGUAAUUAGGUCUUGAUGUCCUAACCGCAAGGUUCUUUGGGUGGCUAGCGGUGUUGUCAAGAGUCAGGCGUGCCACCUUGGCCUCGUAGCCUUUAGUUUUCAUGGAGAAGGUGACAAGAUCUGCUGAUGCGGUUACAGGACUGAACCCCAUCAUCCAAAAACAGUAACACGUUCGAUAGUGACAUUCAAACGGGUUUCGAUGGCUGCACCUCCAAACGAUAUAUUUAGUGAUGAAAGAGACUUCCAAAAAUGGUUAGAGGCCUUUCUGAUGAAACUUCUUUACGGUUUACGUCCCUUCUGUGAGACUUCCAUCGAGUGCUGGCCCAGGUUUCAUCCCUUGGAGAUGGCUUCAAGGGAGGCUGAGGAUGACAUCGCCUUGAACGUCUCCACAGCGACCGUGGAGAUUUCCUGGAAGUUGGGAGGGAGGCGGGUGGAUGCGGCAGCGCAGGCCAGUGUCAGGAGCUGUCCACCCAGGCGUGCGGGCUUUGCUUGAGCGAAUACUUAAGCCUGUGCCUAACUUUACGUACGUAAACGAUCCACAUAGAAUCAAAGCAACGAUAGAAAUGCUUGAAAUGGUUCGUUUACUUAAGUGCAUUGCUGGAUCAGUGCCAUCUGUCAAGCCAACGUGUCAUCGGUGACCACAUUUCUCCCUAGCAUAAAUUCAAAUGGUUUAGAUCUUUAAUAAUGAACUUGGUAUUGUGAUCAUACCUUUAAUAAUGAACUUCUUGUUGUGAAUAAUUUAGGAAUGAGGGACAGCUUUUAACUGCGUACUGUACAGACUGCUGAAGACAGUAUGGUUAAAUCGGAUUGGCUGAGUCAGGUACAUCAAUGUAGACAGAUGCUUAUGCAGCAAGGCGUGCUGGCUGCCCAGAAUACCCAGAUCGCUACAGGGAGUGAAGUGAAGAUGAAUGGUGUCUGUUUCCCGGUCUCUUCUUUUGAAGCAAAAUGCGGAGCAUGUGGUCCAGGAUAUGCAACCCCUCUGGAUGCCAUGAAAGGUCCCCGGGAGGAGAUUGUGUACCUGCCCUGUAUCUACAGGAACACCGGGGUAGAGAAGCCUGACUACCUGGCCACUGUGGAUGUUGACCCCCAAUCUCCACACUACUGUCAGGUGAUCCACCGCCUGCCCAUGCCUAAUCUUAAGGAUGAGCUCCAUCAUUCAGGGUGGAAUGCCUGUAGCAGCUGCUUUGGGGAUGCCACAAAGAGAAGAAACCGUCUGAUUCUACCAAGUCUCAUCUCUUCUCGCAUUUAUGUGGUGGAUGUGGGAACAGACAUGCGAGCUCCUAGAAUCCAUAAGAUUGUCGAGCCGGUGGAGUUGUUCUGGAAAGGUAACGUGGCUAAUCCUCACACGUCUCACUGUCUGGGCAGUGGUGACAUCUUAGUCAGCUGUUUGGGAGACCCUUCUGGCAACGGAAAAGGUGGCUUUAUUUUGCUGGACGGAGAGACCUUUGAAGUGAAAGGAAAUUGGGAGAAUGGGGAAAAGGUACCUCCCCUGGGUUAUGACUUCUGGUAUCAGCCACGACACAAUGUCCUGAUGAGCACCGAAUGGGGAGCCCCAAAAGUCUUGGCAGAUGGGUUUAAUCCAGCUGAUGUAGAGAGAGGGCAUUAUGGGCACCGCAUUAAUGUGUGGGACUGGAGCACUCACACCUACAUUCAGGCAGUUGACUUAGGGAAGGGCUCCAUACCGUUGGAAAUCCGAUUCCUCCACAAUCCGGAUGCCGCAGAAGGGUUUGUUGGAUGUGCGCUGAGUGCUGCGGUGCAUCGCUUCUACAAAACAGAGAAAGGAGACUGGGCAGCAGAGAAGGUGAUUGAAGUACCCAGCAAGAAGGUGCAAGGAUGGCUUCUCCCUGACAUGCCAGGUCUGAUUACUGAUAUCCUCAUCUCGCUGGACGACAGGUUCCUGUAUUUCAGUAACUGGCUGCAUGGAGACAUCCGCCAGUACGACAUCUCUGACACCCGCAAGCCCAAGCUGGUGGGACAGGUGUUUCUGGGAGGCAGCAUCACAAAAGGUGGGCCUGUAACUGUACUGGAAGACAAGGAGUUGCAGCAUCAGCCAGAGCCAUUUGUGAUCAAAGGGAAGAGGGUGCCAGGUGGUCCUCAGAUGAUUCAGCUUAGUUUGGAUGGGAAGAGGCUAUAUGUCACCAGCUCUCUCUACAGUGGAUGGGACAAGCAGUUCUACCCAGACCUUGUCAAGGAAGGCUCUGUUAUGCUGCAGAUUGAUGUGGAUACUGAAAGAGGUGGAUUGAAAGUGAAUAAAAACUUCCUAGUGGAUUUUGGGAAGGAACCUGAUGGGCCUGUCCUAGCUCAUGAGAUUCGUUACCCUGGUGGAGACUGUACCUCUGAUAUCUGGAUGUAACUGUUGUGUGGAGCUGUUUUCUUCUUUCUUGUUCUUUUCUCCUCUUUCUCCCUCUCUCUCCUCCUGACCCUCCACUUCCCUUUUGUGUAGGUGAAUCGUUUCAGCUGGAAAUUUGUCCGCAGUCUAAAUUUAGACUUCCAUUAGCAUGAGCCACAGAAGUUCUGCUUUCUUCUCAUUCUGAGGCAGCCAAGUGAAUCUCUCUGAAACAUGAUAUACAUCUCAUUUUCUCUACUUCUUCCCCUUUCGUAAGGUCCCGUGUAAUCACUCUUGACUGUAGGUUUCAUGGCCAAGGUCACCAGUCUUUUAAGGACCGUUUGCGUUGUUUGGUGCCACUUCACCUUGUCACUGUUUGGUGGUGGAGAAGCUGUUCCUCAAUGACUCUGUAUCCAGUUCCAUGGGCUUGCCCCAGAGCAAGAGUGUCCUGUCCCUGAAAAGCUUAAUUUGCUCAUAAAGUACUCAGUGCUUUACAGCAGACACAGCAUAAAAAUCAUGCGUAUCUAAUCUGAAGCCACAUGUUUCCAGAGCUGGGUUAUAUUUUAACAUUUGCGCACUGUUAUAAAAAAACAACAAUAAAAUUGUUCUCCAAGUCA